UGAAUUGGCAUGUGCUCGUCGAGUUUUUAAAAAAGGCGUAUAAAUAUCGUUAAAAAAUUGUUUCAACCUUUAAUUUAAAAGAAUGGUUGUUCAUUUUGUGUGCGUUCUUUUCACUGGAUUUCUCGUCUACACGGCUUCUCCGGGUUCAAGUCUGUUUUCAUGGCAUCCAGCCCUUAUGACAGUCGCUUUCUGCCUCAUAAUGAUGCAAGGAUUGUUAGUGUUUUCACCCCAGAGUUCCUUAAUCAUGAGUUCAAACAGGAAAGUUAAAACUUUUUACCACUGGCUGCUGAUGAUCAGCUCAACUGUUCUUGCUUUAUUAGGUUACCUGGUAAUAUUCAAAGUAAAGGAGGAUAGUGAGAAACCACACCUCAUGUCUUGGCAUGCAUGGAUUGGUCUGGCUACAAUCAUCUAUUCUGUUGUGCAGUGCUUAGGUGGGGCCAAUAUAUUAUGGUUUCGUAGUCUGGCCACCAAAAUAUGUCCUCUGGCGACAUGGAAAUUAAUGCACGCCACAUCUGGUCUACUCCUAUUUAUCCUGGUCACCCUGUCAAUUAUCACAUCCCUAUUCACUAACUGGUUUGUUUCUAUGGUGACAGGAACUUCGUGGUACACAUGUCUGGCUUGCCCUUUGAUCUUACUGCUGGCGGCUGCUACACAAAUUAAAAAUGCUUAUUUAGUCGGAAAUUCGCCAGCGAAUGCGAAUAGUGGGAAAAAUAAAAGAGAAGAAUGAUUAUAAGAUAUCUGAUGAUAGUGAAUGAACUACGUGUAUUAUAUGGUGAUGACAAAUUUGAUGAAUGCAUACAUGUGUGUGCGUGCGUGUGUGUGCGUGCGUGCGUGUGUGAGUGCGUGUGUGCGCGUGUUCAUUGAAUAUGAUCUGAUAAUGAUAAAGAUAUAAUUUGUUAAGAUGAUACUCUAAAUUAUGGAAUGAUUGGAGUUACGUUGGGUCGUAAAUGUGAAAUGCAGAUGUGGCAAUGGAAAUGACGUUAAAGAUGAUGAAACAGAUAAUGAUGAUGAGGAUGGAGUUGAUGACGGAUACGUUGAUGUCGAUUGUAUAAAAGAUGAUAUAUUGCUAGCAUAUAUUUAUAAUUACAUCAAAAUUUAUUUUAAAUUUGUAGUAUUAACGAAUCUUAUUUUAUUUUACGUACAUCCAUAACUAUAUACAUAUACAUAUUUAUAAUCUUAUACUGUAUAUCUAUAUAUAUAUUACAUACACACAUAUGUCGUUCGUUUAACAUUGUUUUAUUUUUUUUAUAUCCUAGCCAUUAAAUGCAUUGUUAUCGUUGUUAUCACUACAAUUAUCAUAAAAUAUUAUGUAUUCUCUAUUUGUGGUGCAUAUAUAUAUAUCAAUGUUCAUAUAUAUAUAUAUGUAGGUUAUACUUUUCAGACCAUAUUUUAAAAAUUGUGCAUGAAUGUUUUACCUUUUCGCUUCGGUGUUCCGUACUGUUUUAUCUUUGUGUCGUUAUUAAAUAUCUCCAUCAUCGUAAAAAAUAAAAUAAUA